AUACCAACGAAUGCACUAGCGGAACACACGACUGUGAUGCGAAUGCCGAGUGUAACAAUACCCUGGGAUCUUACAACUGCACGUGUAAAGAUGGGUUUCAUGGAAAUGGAACUCGCUGCACAGAUCUGGACGAAUGUGCCAGUGGAACACACGGCUGUGAUGUAAAUGCUGAGUGUAAUAACAUCUUGGGAUCUUACAACUGUACGUGUAUCUAUGGAUUUAAUGGGAAUGGAACUAACUGCACCGAGAAAGUGUGGUCUAUUACCAUUUGUGAACGUAAACCUAACCGAAUCAUCAGUUGUGAAAACGAAAGAAAGAUCGACGCAGUGUAUGCGAAUUUCGGAAGAUUGGACCGAGUGACAUGCGUCCAUGGAGUAAUGUCGAACACAAACUGUCGCGCUGUGAACUCUCUUUCCACCGUGCAGACAAAAUGCAACGGAAAAGUCAGCUGCGAACUGGCUGCGACAAAUUCAGACUUUGGUGAUCCAUGUGCUGGAACAUAUAAAUAUCUGGAAGUCAAAUUCAAGUGCGUGUUAA